GUUGCUUCUUUGGUUGCUUCCGCUCUGCUCGUUCAUCUAGCUUGUGGCCUCGGCGAGUGACGGCGGGCGGGCGGACGGCAAAUAUAAUCAAAUCUGCCCCCGCAAAGCCGCCAUGGACGAGGCGUUGGCGAGCGUGUAUAAACGGCUCCGGCCAGAGAGGUCGACGCGAAAGCGAACGCCGAGAUCUCUAGCGUCUGCCUCCUUCAAAGCCAAACAAACUCCUCCUAGCCCGUCUCCACUCGACGCUCGCACAGCGCAGCGCUAUCAGCACGUGUGGCACGCCCAGUCGCGGAGGAGCCGGAGAGGGGAGCGGGAGAUGGCGCAGCAGCAGGUGGUGAUAGUUGGGGAGGAGCACUGCGAGGGCGAGGACAGGGAGCUGACGGUGCGGAAGACGACGCUCUUCACCCCCGGGGACGGGCUGGAGGCGUACGACCACCGCACGGGCGCGCUCGCGUUCCGCGUCGAGACCUACGGCCGCGGCGGGGUGUGCGGGGGCGGGGCCGCGGCGGGGGACCUCGCGCUGCUGGGGGCCGAGGGGGAGCCCGUCCUCACGGUCCGCCGCCGCCGCCCCAGCCUCCACAACCGCUGGGAGGGGUUCCUCGGGGACGGCGCGGCGCAGGGCCAGAAGCCGAUCUUCUCCGCGCGCCGCUCGUCCAUCCUCGGCGCCGGGACCGGGGCCGCCGCGGUGCUCGUCGACCUCCUCGCGCCCGCCGCCCACGGCGAGUUCCGCGUCGACGGGUCGUUCCCGAGGCGGUGCUGCCGCGUGGUGGCCGGCAAGGUCGGCGUGGGCGACGGCGGCGAGGCGGAGGAGGACGUGGUGGUGGCCGAGGUCCGGAGGAAGGUGGACGAGGGCGCGCACGUGCUGAUGGGGCGGGACGUGUUCGUGCUGUGGGUGCGGGCCGGGUUCGACGCCGCGUUCGCCAUGGGGAUCGUCCUCGUGCUCGACCGGAUCACCGGCGACGAGGUCGACGGCGACCUGGGCGAGGACCUCCUCGAGGCCACCUCGCCGGUGUAAGCUCGCCGGCACUUCUCGCUGCCGCGUUCUUGGUUUCUUGCUUUGGGUGAUGCUGCAAAUACUUUGUGACAUAUUUCCUCGUCAAUGUUUGGAUCUUUGCCUUGUGAAUUGAGCUUGCAGCUUUGAGCAUAAUGUGAAGUCAAUUAUCUUGUCAA